AUGCUCCUCACAGUCAAACUGCUCUUGGGCCGAAGAUGCAGCCUAAAGGUAUCUGGAAAAGAAAGCGUGGCCACACUGAAGAAGCUGGUCUCUCAGCACCUGCAGGUGCCAGAGGAGCAGCAGCACCUGCUGUUCCGAGGCCAGCUCCUGGCUGAUGACAAAUAUCUCUCAGAUUACAGCAUUGGGCCCAACGCCUCCAUCAAUGUCAUCGUGCGGCCUCGAGAGGACACAGCACUUGACAAUGAAACCUAUGAAACCCAGCCCCUGUGGCUCCACCUGAGCCAGGUACUAGGCAAACAUUUUGGUCCCAAGGAUGCCAAGGCAGUGCUGAGGUUGUUGAAGCAAGAGCAUGAGGAGCGCCUGCAGAGGCUGAGCUUGGAGGCCCUGGAGCAGUUGGUGGGCCAAUUCCUGGCACAGCAGCAGCUUGAAGAGCUGGCAGCAGAAAAGGAAGCUCCUGCUGUUACCUCAGAGCUUCAGCAAAGCAAUGAAGGAGGAGGAAUAGGAGAAAAGAAGGAGGAGGAGAAGGCUGAAGAGGAGGCUGGUUAG